AUGCACAGAGGACUGCAAGUAUCCGAGGAAAUUGAUUUUACAACCGAGCGAGAGACGCUUUUGCACGAAUUUAGGCUGGUGCGGCAGGAGGGCACGAGCGAGCCCACUUCCCUGGUUGCGGAGGAUGUUUUGGGAAACAAGACUAUUUUGUGCACUCUUGUCCCGGAGGUGACGGAGAGCGUUGUUGCGAACAUUAUCCUGCAGCCGGGCGAGAAAUUCAAGCUUUCAACGAGCACGAAAAAUGCGGUUUACAUGUCGUAUCUGGAGAACGAGAAAGCGCCUUCUCCAUCCACGUCUCUGCUCAGCCUGCGCGUGAAGAGCGGGGAGAAAGUGCUGAUUACUGGGGACCUGAUAUACAGCCUGGUUUCGAUCGUUUCGUGCGCGUGCGAGAGGCUUUCCGUGUGCAUAGUUGUGAACGGCGAGGAGGUGACAAUUGCAAACCUCGUGCCCGGAAAGAUAGAGACUGCCGAGAUAUCGCUGGAGUCUUUCGAGGGCGAGGAGAUCCAGAUGCUUCUUGUCGGGAAGGGAGAGGUCGAGCUGAUCGGGCACAUGAUCCAGGAGGAGAGCGAAGAUGAGGACGAGGACGAAGGCUGCUCGGAGUGCGAGGGGCAGAUGCUGAGCGAGUGCAAGUGCCUGCAGAGCGAGGAGAGCAUCGAGGAAGACGACAGCGUUGAGAUAAACGACAACGAGUACAUCUCAGACGAGAAGAUGGAGAGCCUCAUGGGAGUGCAGGCAAAGGCUCCGGCCGUGCGCGAGAAGCGCCUGUCGAAGGAGGAGAGAAAGAAGGCGCAGAAGCAGGAAGACCUGCGCGGAAUGAAAAUUGUCGACGUUCUCAAGUCAAAGAACAAGCAGGUAGCGAAGAAGACAGACACUGUAAAGGUCCGGUACAGCCUCUUCGUGAACAAUAAACUCGUGGACAAAAACAAGUCCUCGGGGCUCACGUUCAAAAUGGGCACUGGGCAGAUGAUCCGGGGCUUGGAGCUGGGAGUAGAGGGCAUGGCCGUGGGGGCAAAAAGAACAAUAACCGUGCCGCCCCACCUGGGAUACGGGUCCUCGCGCGUGGGCGGGAUAGCGCCAAACUCCACGCUGGUUUUCCAGGUAGAGCUGUGCAGCAUACUCAGCAAAUAA